AUGAUCCCACUAAACAAUUCCACACCGAAUCAGAAUUCUCAGGUGAGCAAUCGAUGAAUCAAUAUCUUUGAUAAAACUCCGAAUUCAGAUGAAAGUGCAGACUGAGUUCUCGCCGCAAAAGAUGCAAGACGAUGGAGUUUCGAAGACGCCGCUUCUGAAGAAAUUGUUCCGCCGAAAGUUAUCGGCGUGUCAUCAGCAGAUGAUCAUCGGAAAGUAUCGGCCGAAGGCGACGCCCACGAACAUCGCCGAGUUCAUUGAAUCGGAUGACAAAACGGGAGCGUCGGCGGCGAAGAAGAAAAGGAUGAUCGAGCCGGAGAGCUUCGGAGGAGUGGAAACAUCGGAGAGAGGGGACGAGCGGGAGAACGUGACUCCGCAAGGCAAGAUGGUGGCCAGGAAGAUCUGGUAA